CACGUCUCCAGAUGCUCGCCUUCCUCGACCCAUCCUCUUCUUCGAGCCCACCUCGACGGCCAAGUGCACACGUAUCAUCGACGCACUCGCACUUGCAGGCCUUAAAAGCUCCAGUCCAGGCGCAGCUCCAAGUAUACCGCCCAUCGAUUUCACCACUCCAAAUCUCAUCGAGCUCCAAGCAAUGGUAGCUCGUGCCGCGCACAUUGGGUUGAUCUCACCUCAAGAGGUGCCCUCCCCUCCACCUCCUUCUCUUUCUGCCAUUACUACUGCCACUGAUGUCGCUAGCAGUGCCCUCGAAGUCGAAGAGACGCAAAAGUACAUUCGCGCUCUCUGCGAGAGCCUAACGCCCUUCUUUGGCAGGUUCCUAGUGACGAUGGGUGAACGGGGGGUAUUGAGCGCGACUCCGACUUCGGUUGAAUCCAGCAUGUCUUCCUCCAGACUGCACUUCACCCUUCAUCCAUCACCAGGAGCAUCGAGUUCCAGCUCCAGCAGUACAGGAGUCAAGGGCAGCAAGGUCAACGUCGUCAGCACUACUGGCGCUGGAGACACAUUUGCCGGUGCGGUCCUCGCUGGGCUCUGCCUUUGUCUCUCUCGGUCCUCCUCCACUACAGGUAGGGACACCAGCAGCAGCGCGAGCGGGGGUGAUCGUGAUCCGGCUACUCUCAGCGUCGAAGCCCUAUCCGAGCUGAUCCAGUUGGGACAGCGCGCAGCAAUCCUCACGCUGCAGAGCCAGGAGGCCGUUGCGGAGGAUCUGGGCGGGGCUUUGCUCGGGCUGGGAUUGCAGGGAGAUGCAAGGUCGGAAGGGUAGAUGAGCGCUUCUGUUCUUAUAGGGGAGAAGCGGUCAGGUCUCAGGUGAGUAGAAGUAAAAAGGAGAAAGAUAUUGUACGUUACGAUCAUCCGGAUGAGUAUGCACCAGUCACCUUGGAAAACUUCUGUGUCGGCGCCUGUCUUUGCAAACCACGCUGCUUUGAGCAUCUCAAUUGUGGGCUGGUUCGCUUGUAUCUGAUAAUAACGCCUUUAUUUCUCUAGUUCAGUCCCGCUCGCAUGACCCUUCUUACCCCGUUCACACUGCCUGGUAAUCAAUCUUGGUUUCGUGCUUCUUUGCCUCCUGCAACUUCCUCACCGCCU